GAUUGUGACUGUAAAAUAAUAUUGUGACUGGAGAUCCUGUUUGGUGAGCUGGUUUAUCUCUGUCUCUCUGAAGGGCGAAGGCACUUGAUUUAGAUCCACCGUGUCUCCAUGGAGCCCUUACUACCAAGUGAAAAUUGUACUGAUGUGAUGGAGUUUGCUAAAUUGGAAAUGGGGAUUAUCUUCCUCAUUCAGACUGGAGUCGGCAUCCUGGGAAAUUCCUCACUCCUUUGUUUUUACACUUUUGCUUUGCUUACUGGAAACAAGCGGAGACCCACAGAUCUGAUCCUCAACCAACUGGUCUUAGCCAACUCCUUGAUUCUUUACUCCAAAGGGAUCCCUCAGACCAUGGCAGCCUUUGGAACGGAACAUUUCCUACAUGCUGCCAGCUGUAAACUUCUCUUCUAUUGUCACAGAGUAGCCUCAGGGGUUUCCUUCACCACAAGCUGCCUCCUCAAUGGCUUCCAGGCCAUCAAGCUUGACCCCAGUAUUAGUGGUUGGAUGGAGCUCAAGACUAGAUCCCCAAAGUUUGUCGGCCUCUGCUGUUUCCUGUGCUGGAUCCCACAUCUCCUAAUAAAUACAUUGAUUUUUAGGAUAGUGAAAGGUCCACUGCAACUUACAAACUGCAGUUCGAUGAAAAAUUACGCAUACUGCUCUUGGCUAAUGCCAGAGAGAAAUGCCAUCUUAAAUACGUUAAUGUAUUAUUCCACUGACUUUAUGUGUUUGAUAUUCAUGGUCUGGGCUAGUGGCUCCAUGGUUCUUGUCCUGUAUAGGCACAAGCAUCGAGUCCAACAUAUUCACAGAAACAGUCUGUCCCCCAGACCUUCCCACGAGGCCAAAGCCAUCCGCACCAUCCUGAUCCUGGUGAGCUUAUUUUUCUCCUUUUACUCAAUAUCUACUACUUUCGUUGUUUGGUUAACUCUAGUUGGGAAUCCAGGCCAGUGGAGGGUUAACAGCUCCGUCCUUGUGGCCUCAUGUUUUGCAUCAUUCAGCCCCUUUGUGCUCCUUGGCAGUGACAGACGAAUCUCUCAGUGCUGCUAUGCCUGCUUCAAAAAGGAAACAGUUUUCUGUAAUUUGGUUGCAGUGCUAUGAGUCAGUCCAAUCCAGGACUUUCAGUGUUUAUUUCAUUAUUUUUUAAUAUU